AGAUGUCAAUUGACAUGACUUCACGGUGGGCACAUGGAUGACAUCAUUUCAAGAAAUCAUUCAUCAUUAGGGUCCUGCUUCAACUCAACAACAUAUUUCUACGAUUUCACAUUAAACCAUUCUUGCUUUAUUCUUCACAUACUUCACGUUUAAUCUCCAAGUUUUCAGCUUCGAGAUAUCCAAAACAUACCACCUGAAACCGCCACAAAACCAACACGUCCUGUACUAAAACACGCAAAAUGUCUUUCACAGCCAACUCACGUGCCCCUCAACUUCACCCCUCAGAGGCUCCUCAAGAGCCAACAGGCCCUAUAGCAUCCGACUCCCUUGCUGCCGAGUCACUCAAGAACCAGGGUGGCUUUGCUGAGAACGAGAACGCAACUGCAUCCCGCCAACCUGGCGCGUCCUCAACCUGGAACACCACCGACACCUCAGGCGCCAAAGUCCUGCCCCCUGCAGAAGAUGGCACUACUCGUGAGAAAGCUACUGCCCUAGGGCUGGGAGCUGACCAGAAGGGAGUUACUGGUGUGAAAUACGAGCCGGCGGGCAAGGGCGACUUCGAUGGUGCACACACGACUCAAGGUUACUCUGGCGGGCCCAAUAGCAGCAGCAUUGGCGGCGAACAGAAUGCCAGACCGGCUGGAGCCUCAGACUUCGGUGCAACAACCGCGACAGGCGACCAGUCUGGCCCAGACCCUAACAUUCGCUCCGGUGGUGAUGUUACGAAGCAGGAUCGAGAAGAUGCACAGAACGCUUCUACCUCGGGCUCGACCUCGGGCGUCAGUGCCGGAGUACGACCACACGUCGAUGCAGCACCUGGCUACACCAGCACAGUGACUGGUGCAGCGGCACCACCCGGCACGUACAAGCCUAAGGGCGACAAUCUCGAAGACGCCGAUCUUACAGAGUCCAUCCCCAAGACAAAAACUUUCACCGGCAAUGUCGGUGGCGAGAAAGAUCCAGGAAGACUGGCUGAGCAGAAUUUCGAGGCCAGAAAUACCGGCCCUGUUGAGCAGUCCAGCGGCGGUGGUGGUGAGAGUGCCGUGGGCGAGGUAGGCGGAUCCUUUGGUGCGUUGGAGAGUGAGCGUGCACCAUAAGUCUAUGAUAACAAUGAACAACGGCAACGACAACGACAAUCACAGCAUUCGAGGCAUUCCAAAAAUGGUGCAGAAAAGAUUUCAAGGGCAUACUUCAGGAGCCCAAGGAGCAUGUGAUGAUGACAAUGGUUCAUGGCCUCUGAAGGCGUUUCCAUGAACAU